UUUCCCAGCUGGUCUGGCACAGGGAGACCACUGUAGAAAGACACCAUAGCACUUUUUCUUUUCUUUGGUGGACACUUAGACUUUUCUUUUAAAACAUGCUCUUCGCUUGUAACAACUCUCUGAACGGCAGCUUUCCUCCAUCCCCUACGGAGGACCGGGGGUCGAACCGGCAGUCCUGGGGCAGCCUUCUGCACAGGCUGGUGGAGCUGAAGGGGCUCAACCACAGGGACCCUGCAGACCACCACUACAGCAGCUCUGAGACUGGUUCCAUAGCAGAUGUGUCCCUAUCAGAGUCUGAGAGCAGUGACUUCUUUUAUCCCCUGGAGGAGGCUCUGGCUGCAGAUGUUGAAGCCACCAUCACACAAAGCCUCAGCGAUGCCUCACACAUCCUCGACUGCUCCAAACUCAUACUACCUGACUGCCUCCUGCACAGUAUCAGCCAAGAACUGCUCCAUUUGGCUGCCAGCGAGCCCUGUGGCCUCAGAGGAGCACUCAUAGACCUGUGUGUGGACAGAGGGGACCAGGACUCAUUAUACACUGUGGAUCAAAUAGCAGUGGACGCCACUCUGGUCCCCACUUUUCAGGUGACUCUGGUGCUGAGGGUGGAGUCUGGUGGACUGUGGCCCAAAGUUCAGAAGCUUUUAUCGGGAAGCAGUUCCCCGCAGAAGCCUGUCAGACACCAGUCUUCUCUGAAAUUGAGUAGGAGCUUCAGGGCCAUCAAGAGGAAGCUGUAUUGUUCAGGGGGGGCUCUGAUUGAGGAGUGCUACUGAACAAGCACCGAUGGACUCAUUUGAACUGGAGGGUUACAAUUGCACUUGUGUCCAACAAAGAUGUAGAAUGGCACUGUAAAGAAACAGUCCUGUCUCUAUGUAUGGUGGAAUGCAUACAUUUCCCAGUUUUUGUUUGGAAAUGUGUCUGAUGGCAGCUACUCACCUAUUAGAAGGUGAUUCCACAGUGAAGACUCAGUCUUUGCUAUGAAGGUGAAAGCACACCCAUAUGUGGAUGGCACUUGUAUUUGAUAGUCAAAUAUUACACAAGUUUUGUAUAUUUAACGCCUUCAAAGACAUGAACAAAUAAAUUAUUUUUUUAUAAGCUGUG